AGAAAUUGUGUCUGCCACAAAAACGAUUUUACGUGUUGAUCACUAUAAGCCCUAAAUAUUUUGUUCAGUUAUUUUUAUGAAAUUAUCCAUUAAUCAGAACUUGAGUACUUUCAUUUAUUAGUUAAGUAUCUAAUAAAUAUUCCAAAAAUAUUUUAAGCACUAACGCCCUAAAACGCGUCUAUGGAUGGUUUCACGCACAGGUUUCGUCACGCUGCAAAUCGCGCAUGACUCUCUCCAAAGUACAGAAGGAAAGUCUUUUUAAUUAGUUGUGCAGAAGGGAAACAAAUUACCAGGGCCGGAAGGCUUUAAAAUCACGCCGUUAACCAUGCUUGGCGAAAUUGGUAUAUAGAAACACUUAUGAAAAUUGAUUCCGACAAAUCGUUUUAUAGGUAGUAAAGUAGUAGGUAGAAAAAGUGCCAAUAAAUAAAUGUUAAUAGUACAGAGAUGGCGCUCAGUGAGCACUCUAUCGAGCAGAAGCAUGAUGAGGUAGAUCUUCAGAGCAAUUCCAAUGUUUCUGAUUCGAAAGCUCUCCGCUCCAGACGCUAUAAAGGUAAUUUACAGGAUGUGUGGAUGUGGGAUCUCUAUUGUCAUUUGCAACCCUCAAGAGGCAGUUGUUAUAAAGAUUUAACAAGGUAUUAUUACGAUGCCCAGAUGGAUACAUGUCGUCCGUUCAAUUACUCAGGCUGUACUGGAAACCAAAACAAUUUCCAUUCCUCCAUCGAGUGCGAACGACGCUGCAAAGGCGCCAACUUCAUGGGUGUGAAUGAACAAAGCUUGCCUACAGUAUGUUACUUACAACCAGAUUCGGGCAUGUGCUUACUUUUUGCGACAAAGUAUUACUACGACUUGGAUGCAAGUAAAUGCUUGGAGUUCACGUACGGCGGCUGCGGAGGCAACCUGAAUAGGUUCGAGUCGGAGGUCAGCUGUAAGGAAUACUGUAGCACGAGUUGAGAAGCUAUUUUUUCCGUUAAAUUCAAAAAUAAUUGUUGAUAGAUAUAGGAUAAUAAAUGACAAGAGUAUAUAAAAUAUACAAUACAUACCAGACAUUACAUAUAAAAUAUACUAGACACAUUUACCUAAAUGCAUAGGUAAAUUAUCUACCGGUCGGUCUGGGGAGGUACCCGCGUAUUUUUUUUAUUUAUUGUUGAUCUACGGAUCUACACCACCUCAGACAGACCUUUUCGCUACCCAACAGGCAAGAUCAAUAAAAAAAAUAUAAAUGAGAUGAACUUCCCUAAGAUAAAAGCGCUCAAGAAAAUAAUAUUUAUUUCAACUUUAUAAUAAAUGUAGACUAGA